CCCUUUUACUGUAACACUGGGCAGAUACUGAGGGCGACUUUGCACUCUGCAGGCACCACUUGCUUCCUUCUCCGUGCCGGCCGUGCAUGCAGAGCCCAAGAUGAAGAUCGAGUUCGCCCCGCGCUCUGUGCCGCUGCAGAGGAGGCUCCAGACAGCAUCAGUGGCUCAAUGGAUCUUCAGCUUCCUGGGUCUAGCACAGUGCUGCACAGCUCUCUUCAUUGGCCUGCUGUUCACUCGUUUCUGGCUGGUCAGUGCCCUGUAUGCUGCCUGGUGGGUGAUGGACAGGGAGAAGCCCAGCAAGGGCGGGCGGCGGAUCCAGGCGCUGCGGAGCUGCGUCGUCUGGAGGUACAUGCGGGACUAUUUCCCCAUCACGCUGAUGAAGACAGCAGAGCUGGACCCUCGGCGGAACUACCUGGUGGGGUUUCACCCCCACGGAGUGCUGGCAGCUGGAGCCUUUCUCAACUUCUGCACAGAGGCAUCUGGCUUUUCUGAGCUCUUCCCAGGCAUCACCCCCCACCUGAUGAUGCUUUCUCUGUGGUUUCGCUUCCCCUUCUUCAGGGAUUAUUUGAUGAGUGGAGGCCUCAUCCCCUCUGACAAGGAGAGUGCCUCCUACGUGCUGCAGAAGCCAGAGGGAGGGAACCUGCUGGCCAUCGUCGUUGGAGGGGCGCAGGAGGCGCUGGACGCCCGGCCAGGAUCCUUCACCUUGCUGCUGAAGAACAGGAAGGGCUUUGUGCGCCUGGCCAUCCAGAACGGCACCUCCCUGGUCCCUGCCUUUUCCUUUGGGGAGAACGACCUCUUUGACCAGGUGGACAAUCCCAGGGGCUCCUGCCUGAGGAGGAUUCAGCAUUUCCUGCAGCAGAUCAUGGGCAUCUCCCUGCCCCUGUUCCAUGCACGAGGCAUCUUCCAGUACAGCUUUGGGCUGAUGCCCUACCGACGGCCCAUCUGCACCGUGGUUGGGAAGCCAAUUCCAGUGCAGAAGAAGCACAAUCCCUCUGAUGAAGAAGUUAAUCGAGUCCACCAGAAAUACCUGGAUGAGCUGUACGAGCUCUUUGAGAAGCACAAAGCUAAAUAUAAUGUCCCAGAAUACUGCCACCUGGAAUUUGUAUAGAGAGCCUUCAGCAAGGUGAAACCAUGGAGAUCAAGCUCCCAGUUUCCCACUUCUCUGGAACUCCUUCACAACCUCAACACAGUCACAGUUAACACAUAGUCCAUACAGCAUAGGGAGAAGAGCUUGAUUUCCCCAGUAUUUGCAUGAGUGCAGAGACAGGUUUUUAUUUUUUUCUCCAUGUAUGACAUAUAAAAGAUAUAAAAGAGAAGAAAAAAAAUCCCAUCUGUGGUCAGCACAAUUGAAACUCCCCAGCACAAAACUAACACUUCCAGUCUGACAUGGGUGCCAGUUUCCAAGCAGAUCUGAAUUAUUUAAAUUAUUUCCUUGGCAUUAUUUUCAUUUUGAAAUGGGAGAAUGAGCCAUCAUUUGUGAUGAAGGCAUAUGCUCUUUAAAAUAUAAUUCAUCUAAAAAAACAA